CUUUUUCAAUAUCAGCCAAGAAAAAAACAACAACAACAACAACGACAACAACAACAAUAAGAGUUAUGCGCUAAAAACUGGGAUACGUUAUACUGUUCGUUUCCAUAAUCAUAUUCAUAAUGCGGCUUCAUUUUAGAAUACCUUUUCUUUGGUAUGCUUGCUUAUUAAUAAACGCCACUUAAGUUAAAUCAGGAUUACUUCAUAGUUGCCUUUUGUCUUGUUUUAGGAGUGUAUUUUGCUGACGCAAGUGGUAAAAGCGAGGCAGUAAAAUUAAAGAUGGAGCAUUGUGCUAAACUUAGCUUGGGACAUAAAUGGAAUGUUGCAGUAAAGGUUUGUGCUCAGGAUUCAAAAAUCAACCAAAAGAAGAAGCUUUGGGUUGAUAUUAAGGAACUUUACCCGGAUGCUAUCGUUGAAAUGUCAAAAAACUCAAUAGAAGUGACUUUAAACUCACCGAAGGAAAAUCACCAAUUUGCUGUGUUCGGAACUCCGGAUGUAAUUGACAAAAAGAGAAUGCAGUUGGGUCUUUUUGGAGAAAAGCCGGUAACAGGAAAGGACUGGAAGAUAAUACCGAUUCUCUUCGAUGACACAGUUAUGGCAUACCAGGUAUACAUCAGAUAACUGUAAAUCUUUUCUUUUAGACUAGGCCCAAUUGAGGUAACCUACAACUUUCAUAGGUAUGUUUAAGUUUGAAACCGUUCAAAAAUCUCGGCACAACAAAAGAAUUAUAAAAGUAAAUUAUAAUUAGUAUAAAAAUUCUCCCAGAAUCCUUUGAGGCAAUAUUUUUUAAAAGCUUUAUAACUUUGAAAAUUUUAUACGUAAAAGACUGUCAGACCACGACAAGAUAACAGUCUAAGGUAAUGACGUCAUCAGUCACGUGACUAUUUCUGAAUUAGAUUUUUGUUGCUGUGGCAAGAAUUCAUUAACGAGUUAAAAAUAAAUAGCAUAUUUGAGGUUUUAGUGUUGUGGGGCAUUUAAAAAUAGCCAGUUGACGUCCGGCAUUUAAAAUUUAGGGGGGGUAAUGAACAUGAGCGAAAAGGUCGGGAAACUAGGCCGAGGGCUGUAGAGAGUCGACCUUUUAUCACACGGCAAAGAAAAUUUGCAGGAAGGUAAUGUUCUACCUGAUAAUUUUUUCAUGACCAAAAGAGGGACAUGACGUCAUCAGUCAUGUGAACAAAGCGUUUUUAAUGUUUUAGAUCGUUUUUAAAGUACCUUUUUUGUUAUAAACAGGCAAGUUUUUGCUGGGUAGACACACUGAAUUCCGCAAAGCUGAUCGUACUAUGUGAAAAUUAACUUUGUAAGACAUCAACACGACGCCGAAAGAACCAAAAACAUAGCGGAAUCGUAGCCGUAGACAGCUUUUUCGCCCUGCUCGUUAGUACGGCGCAACGAACAGAGAGGCUCUGCUGUAAAAUUCCCGCACACUCUGUUUAAAACCCUAACAUUGAACUCAAACAGUCACAGAAUCACGCUAUAUAACGUGUCCCCGAGAAAACAAGUUUUUUUCAACAAAUCUUAAAAACAAAACUGUAUUGUCUCUGAGUAAUUAUAUUUAUUAUUCCAUUUUCAAAGCAGAACCAAACGAAAACUGAGCCAGAAGUUUGAGAGUUGCGUAAAUUGACCGAUAUUGCAAGUAAAUCGAAAAGAAGACCUACUCUAGAGACUUUUGUAAAGUCCUUUUUUCAACUUAACUGCUUGUUUGCCGAAAUAAAUGUUCAACGUUUGUUAGUAAAGGAGAACUUUAAAAAGUAAAAGGAUGUAUUUGGCGGCCACAUUGUUUUUUUUUCAUUCCGGGAAGAGAGGUCAUGUAGCAGCUCUUCAAACCCAAAAAGCCAAAUAGUUUGCUACCCUAACCUAAAACAAUGGAAAUAAUGAGGAACAAUGUUGUGUUAAUGUGUUCCCGUACCGAUGAAGAGACACCUUACGAGCAGAGAGAGAAUCGUAUGGUCAUACUGUUCAGUAGGUAGCCGCGAGAUCGAUUGUUCAUAAAUUUCUUAAAGGUUAAAUGGGUUUAUUGUGAGCUUGACAUCUUCAGUAGCCUCGAUCAGUUAGAGAUUUAAUUCUACAAGGAAAUUGAAAAGAAAAAUAAAAAAAUAACAAAACAAAACAAAAAGUCGUCCUUGGAAACUGUCAAUCACCAUAGAGAAGGAAUACAUAUCACUUUUCAACUUACGGAGGUGAUCCAGUGGAUAGAGGCGUUAACUUCAAGAUCUAACUCAUUCUGAGUUUCCGGGUUUUCGAAUCCCCUUGAGGCAAAUUUCUCGUAACCUCCUUUUCCUUUUAAUCUCUUUUUUACUUUCUUUUUUGUCUGUGUGGUGCAUAUAGCUAUUAACAAAGUGUGUUAAAUUGAAAGUUUACAGGAAUAUUUAAAAAAAAAGAUUGCGGUAUGUAACAAAGUGUUUCUACAGCUCAAUCGUCGAUUUUCACAUGUGCGUAAUUUAAUUCGAGAGAUAACUGCUUUUAGAUGGGACGUCUGAAUCAACUAAAUUCGACAGUUUCAAAUUAAGUACGACUUUGUCGAAUCUGCGGCUGAUUUACAGUCGAAAAUUCGACUUAGGUUCAGCAUUUUACUUGGAAGUCGCAUUUCACAUGAGCCGAAUAUAAUGCAUUAAUUUUAGAAACCCUUAUCCUUAUUGGAUAAAAAACUUUUCUAGGGAUUGGGAAUAUUUACAACAAACGAAGUCAAAUUAUGCACCAUCAUAUUUGACCUCUGAAUCAACUGCCGUAUUUAAUUACUUUCAUCGACUAAAAUCGGCGUUCGGCACUCAUAACAAAUUCCACUUUUGAAAGGGGCCUAACAUGACAUAAGUUUCAGCUCAGUGGUUUGCAGGCUGUUAUUAAGUUGUUGUUUUCUUUUCAGUAAGAGCAAUUCGUAUCUUUUUUGUAAAUCCAUUCCAUUAAUCGACUUGUGCCACGACACAAGAAUCAGCUGUAAUAGUUGAUUUUACUUUCUCUUUGACAUGAUUUGUAUGUCACUGGACAUAAGUUGAAAAUCAAAAAGAGCGAUCAAUUUUCACCCAACCAUUUCAAAUGGAUCGCUGCAAAUGGAAUCACUUCUCAAUAUAGCGGACAACCUCAAACCGUGACUUCGUAGUAUAAAUAUGCGGCACCGAAGAGAGACGAAAAAGCUAACCCUUUUCGAUCAAAUUAUUUUAAGGUUUAUAAAAUUCGAAGCUUUAUAUAGUGUAAAUAAUUAUAAUUUACUUUUACCUGUAUCACUUGGAAUAACAAGGCGCGCGAGCACUAGUUAUUUGAACUGACGCUUCAGUCUCUAAAUCGAAUCACAUCUCUAAUAAGCCAGAUUUGACUUGUCUCUUAGUCUAAGUAAAAAAAAAAAAAAAAAAAACAGCAAAAACCUAGAAAUUAACCAGUAAUCCAAGAAUGUCAAUAAUAAUUUGGUAAUUCGACACAUGCCUAUUUGUUAAGACCAAGCUUAGUAUACAGAUGUUUCAUGUAAGGAACUGUGGCGCUAACAUACAUUUUUCAUCUUUCUUGUCAAAAGAACGUGUGCAGAGCGGAAAAAGCACGAGGUCGUCAACUGUUGACAACACUGGCUGGACUCUUCGUCUCUAACAGUGAUCAAGACAUCGAAAUAAAUUUCAGAGAUGUGGAGUUGAGUUGGAAAGUAAAAGGUGGUAAAACCAAGGUAGGAAGAAAUAAUAAUAAUAAAAACAACAACAACAACAACAGCAACUUUUAAAGCGCUCCUCCGUAAGAACUGUUAAUCCGUAAUAAUAGUACGUGAGUAUGGACGCAGAGAUGUAAUCUUUUCACUUGUCUUGCCAAGAUAUGUCCUUUCUGAUCUAUUCCAUUAUUGUUUAAUAUAAGCCAAUUGUAGACAUGGUAAUUCCUAUUUAGGGGUAACUUUUACGCCCUGGCUAAGUAAGUCAAGCAAUACUGUCAAAAGAUGUCAAUUCAGAUAGGCUGCUUCUAAGACAGAUAUAUUCAAGUUUAUUGCGGCAAACGGCAAACGUCAGAUUAAAGUUGCGAAACAGUAGUUUUUGCCAAAUUCUAAAUUAAAAUUGAAUAAUUACUUGUAAAUUCGGUAAAGCGGUACCAAAAAAUUGGCUAGAAUAUAUCUGGCAUGAAUCUUCUCAUCAUCUAAUCGAUAUAAUAGAUGGUAAGUGGCUAGGACUGAAUGGGAAAACUCGAUUAUAUGGCAAAAGUUCAACGUACGUCGCUCUAAAUAUAUAUUUUGGACGUGUGACAGCAGAUAAAUUUAGCAUAAUCUUACCUCGUAUUUCAUUGGUAAAUGUUUCCUAGACGAGGCAAGUUAAAACGUUAUUUGGAGCCAAUGUUGCCCGGCCAGGGUAUUGAAUCUUGAACCCAUAAUAACAGUUGGGUUCUCUAAGAACCUGUUUACACGGAGGCGGAAGACUAGCAGGCGGAUCAUCCUAGCGCUUUACACCCAAAGGGUUGUACGUCCUAGUACUAGGAAGAUAAUGUAAACUGCCCUUCGCUUCUAGGAAGAUAGUACCAGGGACAAGGUUAUUUAUUAACGCCGGUAAAGAGAACAAAAGGGCCAAAAUUGCCCUUUUGUUUUUGCUGCCCACCAUUUUUACUUCCUUCUCGAACCUCUCUACUCGGGCACCCACGGACUGAAAUUUUUGCAUGUAAACCCAGCGUAAAGUUGUUCCGCCUUCGAGGAUCUUCCUAUAGUCAUGAUUUCCCCCUCUCCAUGUAACACUCCCCUAAUACUUAUCCUUCCUUAUGCUUGCAUACUAUAGUACUGAUGGUAAGAAAUGUCACUUUGAACCCAUUGCAGAUUAUCAGAUCUAAAGAUGCAUGGAAUUCUCCCGAAGACUGUACCGACUUCCCUCGCUGCUUCAUUGAAAUCUCCCACGAGGACAUAAAGAAGCGGUCGUUCAUGUUUGCUUUAAUCGUUUCACACGAGCACGACUAUGCAGGGGCUGAAGUUAUUGCUUAUUACGAAGAUCCCGUUGAGGUAGGGUGUACAUAAGGGAAGAAUUAUUUACGAAAAUGACUGUUAAAAUAUUUCAGUUUACUUUUUUUUAAACACCAAGGAAAUGAUAAAUAGUAAUUAGAUUGCUGUUGUUGCACUGGUUAACUUCCCUUGCGCGACGCAAAUGUCCAACACUGUACUGCUGGUAGACGAUAGAAGUGUAUCAGACCUUCACAUCUCAUACUAAGUGGGUUAUUUCAAGAAAAUAAUGCCUUUCUAGCGUACCCUGUUUGCUUGCCUGAAACUGUUCACAAUAAACAAUGUUUAGGUAAAAGAGUCAAGCAAACUGAUUGUUUUUUUAUUUGUUUGUUUUAACAACCUGCCCAAGACCUUUAUUGAGCUUUACUGAAAAAAAAAAAUAGCUCAUAUGUAAGUGGUCUGUAUGUCUGUAUGUUUGUAUGUUUGUGUUUUUGUCUGUUUGUACGUGUGUUGCAGGGUGAAGGGCCAACAAGGUCGGCGGUAGUAUGAGUAGAUGCUAGAAAGGAAUACGAUUUUGACGUCUAAACAUGAGAUUACUGAAGGUCAGACUUAAAGAGCACUCGCCAUUUACAGAAACGCGCCCAUUGAUAAUUGUCGCCCGUGAACAGUAGGGUACCCAUUAGGGUUUGCGAGCAAAUACGAGGUUUCAAAGGUUUCGUCGGGUUCGGUCUCUUUUUUACUUUACAGCGAGUAACAUUUCGAGUAACAAUACGAGUAGGUUACCAAUGUUUUAAGAGUUGAAAUGUCUUUGUCAUCUAGCCACAGAUAGGAAAAUAUUUUGCAAAAAGAAGCGCUUUCUUUCGCGUGCCCUAAAAUAAAAACCUCCUAAAUUCGGUGGUCUCGUGCGAGUGAUUCGAUGGCGAAACAGUUAAAAAAGCUAAUCAGAAACCGAAAAUCUUCUUCACGAAAAUAACUCAAUGAAAAAAAUUGAAGAAAACGUUUAGAAGCUUUUAUUAUAAUCAGAAGUGGUAGCGGUAAUUGUUUUCAUGAGACAGAUUAGACCGCUGUUGAGGUUUAGUGAUCAAAUUCACAGGACGAAAUUUCAAGAAUCCGUAAAUGGAAACUUAACGUAAACACGUAAAACCGUUGCGGAAACAUGACGAUAAUCACAUGUUUCCGUUAGCGGAUACAUUACGUUUACCCGUGUUUCCGUCGCUGCGGUUUCGGCGGAAACGUACCACUUUUUUAUACGUUUCCGUCAAAUUUCCGUCUAAGGAAACAUGUGUUUCCGGAAGGAUAAAUGCGUAGCAUCCUUGCGGAAACACGUGAAAACGUUCCGGAAACAAGUCAAUUUCAUGUUUCCGUCAACGUAAUCGGAUGUAACUAUUGCGGAAACACGAGUUUACGAGUCGGAAACUGGUGUUUUCAAGUUAUUUCCAUCGUGGAAAAAGCGCUUUUCACCAUGCUGGGGUGGUUUUCCCGCCAUCUAUAGUAACAAAAACCCAUUCUCUCGACAUUUUUAUUGCACAAAAUAAUACCAAAGCAAUCUUUCCAAGUACUUUCUUUAUUCUCCUUGCUUCCUAAAUUGACAAUCAGGUCUUCUUAUAGUAUUUAUUUAUUACAUUGCUUGAGUUCAAUUACAUUUUAAGUGUGAGUGACUAUUCACACUAGCAAUGAACAAGAAUAUUAAGAGGCGUCCUUUAAGAAAUCCACUAGACAUUUUCUGUAGGACAACGUAGUGUUUUUUUUUGGUAAAGAAAAUGUCAAAUCUGUUAACAAAUUAAUAUCCUUUAUAGCAGAUAGUGAUAAACACUUUCAUGUGCAGCUUAUGGCUAGUGAUAGUUUUGGUUGUCUAUAAUAUUUCAACAAAGUGGAAUAUGAUUUGUCGCGGGAAUGUACAUUGUAGUCCUGAGUAGGACUGUUGUUGAGAGCGAAGGUUUUGACAACAAGGUGAUCAUCAUUUUCAUUGGUAUUGUCAAAACAUCAGUUCCUGUCAACAGUCCCACUUAGUACUAUAGUAACCUGUAUGAUCAUAUACCACUUACUCAUAUGACCAGGAAAUAUAAGAUAAUAUUAUAUUGUGUCAGGAAAUAUUCUUACUCUUCUGACAUGGUGGUCUAAACUAUACAAUUUUCUAUGACCACAGUGCAAAGAUGCAAAUGCAAAAAAUACAUCAACAAACAAAGUAUGGCUACAGUUUUACAUAAUACAAGUCUGCUAAAACCGUUUAUGUGUUUCAUGUAUACAUUUUAGGUCACUUCUAUGCUGAAGUCAUUACUUAGUGUCUUUACCCAUACACAAAAUGCUCGACUUGUAGAGUUAUGAAGAAGAUACAUGCAUCAAGCCAAUUUCAUCAGGAAGCACAAACCAUUAUAAUUCUUGGUGAUUUAUGCAGUCAUAGCAUUAUUUUAAGCUUGAAAAAGUUGGCCAAGUUUCAAUCCAUGAUCAUCUUUGUCAUACAUAGCAAGAGGUGAUGGGAAACAGUCCCAAUGCCUCAAUUAAAACUGGACCAUUAUUUUUGGAACUAUAGCGCUGUUAAAGGAAACUUUCGUUUAAUACUUCGUUUAUAUCAUCAUCUUAAACGAAUAACGUACGCGAGAUUACUUUUUCGCGGGAUUUGGCCAUAAACAUUAAGGUCUAUAAUAUUUUCUGAAACCCGCGACAAAAUGCAAAUAUGCCAAUGCUUUGGUUGCGCUCACAUUUUAUCGAUUAAUUCGAACACCAUAAAAGUUUGCUAAAGCUAAAAACUCGUUUCAAAUCAGCAACAACAAUCAUCAAGGAUUUUUCAAUUUUAAAGCGUUUGAAAGGAAACAGUUACAUGCUACUUAGUUCUAUUCUUCUACGAAUAGACAACUCCUUGCACGGUGGUCGGUUGCUAGCGCUUUCCCUCCCAAAUAUCUCUCAAUUAAACUGAGAGUUUUAGGCCAUAGACAGAAGUAGAAUGCAUCGAAUGUGACGAAACUUGGCAGGGAAGUAGUUUGAUAAUUACCUGUUUAUUGGUUCUUCUUUCACCCCAUAUGACUUCUGUUGUGACGUCAUAGAUAAUGUCCAAAUCUGGCAUCAGAACAAAAAUUCAGGAAAGAAGUGGUAAAAAUUUUACAGUAGUUUUCUGUAUAGAAUUCUAUGAUUUCUAGUAAAAACCCCGUCUCAAUCGGAUAAAAAGAACUAAAGUUACAGCUAAUUAAAGAAAUUCAAAUUUCCCCCAAAUGACCAUAUAUGGUCAAAAUUAGGGGUAUUUUAAACGCGAGAACAUUGAAUGUGUUGGAACAGGAGCAAGGACAAAAUUACAUAAACUGAAAAUUGUAGUUUUUUUCUACUUAGGGUAUGUGAUACUAUGAUACGUUUAUCGUCACGAAAUACGUCAUUUUGACGUCACAAUGACGAAUUUCGUGACGAAAACGCGUCAUAGCAGCACAUAAGUAAAAAAAAGUAAGUAGAAAAAACUACAAUUUUGAUUUCAUGCAACUUUUUCCUUGCUCCUGGGACAAUACAUUCAUUGUUCUCGCGUUUAAAAUCCCCCUAAUUUUGACCAUAUAUGGCCAUGUAGGGUGAAAUUUUAUUAGCUGUAACUUUACGCCAUUUUAUCCGAUUAAGAUGUAGUUUUCACUAACAUAUUCUUUUUGUGUAGCAAAAAUGUCUGUAAUGAUUUGAACACUGCUUUGCUAGUUUUUAAUGUUUUUACUAAAAAUAAGCGUCACUUAUGAUGUCAUACUUUCAAGAAACGUCAAAACUACCUUUACAAUGGAAAGAGAUUUAAAGAAAAUUUUUCUCUAAUUAAGAUGUUUUAAUGUCUUGCUUCAUUUGGAAUAUAAAAUGCUGCUCUGUGAGCCAAAAAUUGAAUUUACGAAGUUGCGGGAGGAUAAGCCCUAGCAACCGACCAUCGUGUUGGAAUGUUUUACAGGGAACGAAGAUCAGUAACCAGUAAGAUUAUAGGGUGGUUCCUUGCUGUGUAUGAAAUUAGAAACGCUCCGGUUUUCAUUCUAUCCCUCAUUAUUGAAAUUAAACCUGUGGAAUUCAAGAAAAAUUUUUUGGGGGGCUUACGUUCAAUUCUUACUCUUACUUCUCCAUACUCGAAAGGUCUCUAUUAGUAUAGGGACGCUUUUCGUCUUCCCACGUUUUGUAAUGUAGGUAAACCUGUUUAGAUUUCUGGUUUUGCUGUUAUCCAAAAGAAAUAAAAAUCAUAAAAUUAAAUUAAAUUAAAAUUAAAUCAUAAAAUUGUUUCGAUCUCUUAACACUUCAGUCGUUGCUGUUUAGUUAACUGAGCAAAGCUCGCUCGUAGGAUCGUUUAUGCUCGAACGUGCCUCGAUAAACGUAAUGUUUAAUGUUCAUGUAUUCCUGCUUUGCUCUGCUUUUUUUAUCAUCGUAUAUUAAACACGUAUCCUUCCCCAAACGUCACCAGAUUUCUUAAUCUCCAGUACUUGAAUUUAAUAUUAGGUUUGUUUACCAAAAAAAAAAUAAAAACAUGGUUUAGUUGACAAUUCACGAACACUGGGCAAUGAAUGACUUAAUUAGAUGCAUCACUGUCAUGUGUUUUAAGAAUGCCGUGUUCUCUUUGUGCUUUAAGUUUAUUAAGUAUAGUUAUUCUUUGUUAAAUCAACGUGAGAAGUUAAAAAUACCUAGCAGUUUUCAUUAUUUCCUUAGAACAAGUUGUUAAUUUUUGAUAAGAUGUUUGGUAGGUAAGAGCAACGCUUUUUAGAAAAAAAGGUCCAGAUGAAGUUGUAGUUUUCUACCAAAAAAUCGGAAAACGCUGUUUUGUGCAUUUUUUUCCAUAAAACUAUCUAGGGACAACUUUGGACCGAUUAUUUUAACGCUUUAAACAACGGGAGCUGAAAUUUUGGCAAAAGAUCAUCAUUGUCAUCAUCAUCAUCAUUAUCAUCAGCACCACCACCACUAUCCCCAGUCAUCUUCCUUAUCAUCAUUAUCAACAAUAACAUUGUCUUUAGCAUUGUUUUUUUUUUUGUUACUUAAAACAGGUGCACACUGAAAAGGGCCAGAAGCCAUGAUCAGCCUUGCAUGAAAGGAUGCGGCGAGCCAUGUUAAUUUUUAUAUUUUGAUUUAGCAUGCUCCAGACAAGUCUAGGUGAAUAGGCAUUACCUUUUAUUUUAGCAAAAAAAGUACAAGAAAUAACUUAUUUUGUACGCCGUAUGCCAAGUAAAUGAUCUUUAUUGAUCGAAAUACAGAUUUAUACAAGGAUUUCUAGAAUCGAAUUUAAGAAGUACGUUCUAAACUGCGAAUAUUGUGCACGUUGUCUCUCAGGACUGUUUUAUUUAUCUGUAGAGUGAAUUUGAAUAAGAAUAAAUCAAACUUACUCUGUA